AUGUAUUGUGUAUCUGUGACAAGCCAGGUUCUAGAAGACACUUGUGUGAUUGAUAAUCUUCAGAGGAGCCUCGAGCUCCGCAGACUCGCGCAGCCGCCCCCUCGGGCCCCCCGUUUGCCCGAAAGCCUGGCCUCCGGGGAAACGGUCCCGGCUCCGCCUGCGCUCCCACAGCCUUGCCUCGCCUCCCGCAACACGAACCUCGACCUUGAGGGGUCCCGGCUCACCCACCAGCAGCUAAAUCCCUCGGCUGGGUUGGAAGACAGCUCCCAGAGCCUCCAAACAAAGCAUGAAAAUAAUCACUUGGUAGUGUAUAUUUUUCGAAUUUUGAUUGGAAUUGGAUCUGCUACUGUUCUUCUUUGUCUCUUGGGUUAUUUGGGAAUUUACAAUGAAAUCAGAUGGCUCCUAAUUCUGUAUGCAGUACUGUUGAUGUGGGCCUCUGGUGUUCAGGUUGUACUUUCAGCACUCAUCUUCACAAAGAAAGAGGAGGUUAACCAAGUGUGGCAUGAACAAAUUGAUUUAGUCAUUUCUCAAUAUGGAUCUAAAAAUAUGCCUGAAGACAUACCCAAGUGGACUAUUCUGAAUGCUGUACAGAAAACAUUACAGUGUUGUGGCCAACACAAUUACACAGAUUGGAUAAAGAAUAAGCAUAAAGAAAAUUCAGAACAAGUGCCAUGUUCUUGCACGAAUUCUACAUUGAGAAAGUGGUUUUGUGAUGAGCCACUGAAUGCAACUUACCUAGAGGGUUGUGAAAAUAAAAUCAACAUAUGGUAUCAUGCUAAUGCUUUAACAUUAAUUGGAAUUAACGUUGGACUUUUGGCUUCAGAGGUUUUGCAAGUCUCAUUAACUGUUUCUUUCUUCAGACAUAUCAAGAAUAGAAUAUAUGCAGAAAUGUGAUCUUUGGAUUUUAAUUCAUCCAGAAGAAACCAAUUAAUUCUCAAAAUAAUC